ACAAAUACUUUUUUCGUCUCGUCACCAGCAUUCUAGCCGGUUACAAGACCACACUAGCUACACUUCCAGGUUCCCAAUAUCAUCGACAGCACGGGGUGACUGGCCUCCUAGAAAGUUUAUACUUCAGUUUUCGCCAUGCCUUGCUUUAAGGGAAUCGCUGUUAGCAUUCACGCAAAUGGCGCACCUCUCUCCGAGUAUGGCGUACAGAGGCAGUCCCGCCUAUCGAGGAUCAGCACCUACAUCCCUGUGCCUCAACCACAAGUUGAUCCCGAGACGAACAAGCCUGAGCCCGCAAAAUUUGCCAUCUCCAUAACGUUGCUGACUCCCGGAUUGCCGAUUCCGUACUCGACGCCAAAGCCAACCGAGGACAACCCGUAUCCGAAACCUCAGUUCGUCGGCGGCCUUCCAACUACGCCGUCAGGACAUAAUAGGAGUGCCGGGGUAGUGAACCCUUAUAUCCCCAUGACUAAUUCGGAAAAUGAAACGAUCGCGGCGUAUAUAUAUUUCGAUGGGAGGUCUAAGGAGGAAGUCGCUACCCUCCUACGCCCUGGCGAAGAAACCUGGGUCAAUAGCCGAUGGGUUCAGGUUCCCCCUGCAGAAGGCGGAGGCCUGGCUGAGCGCGAAUUUUUGUUCCGAGAAGUAGGCUUGGAGCGAUGGCUGAACGGCCUCGACCUUCAGGGAAGUAAUGUGGCGGAGAGGCUUGAGAAACGUCGGCAGAAAUUCGAGAAGCGCCGCAGGCGAGAAAGAAGCGGCACAGGAACAUCUGUUUUCAAGCAGGAAGAGAAGGAUUCUGGGACCCGGGACACAUUAAGAUAUGGUGCUGACGACGGCUCUCCUGUGGAGGCCGUCGUUGACGAUAUCACGUCGGGCUCGGAUUCCGAUGACGAACCACCCGAAGCGACAGGACAGAUCAAAGUCCUCAUGUUCCGCGUACUGGCUUCUGGCGAGAUUAAGAAGGGAGAGUAUUCACCACAGUUCGAUGCACAUGACGAUGAUGACGAUGCCAAUCGAGGUGGCAUCAACGGCGGUGUGGAGGCCGAUGUGGAACAUACCACCAGCUUUGCCAAGCCAAAGUCUCUCGACCCGAAGACCAUCAGUACUCAGACUGUGACUGGCAUUGAUGGCCCAGAAAGACCUUACGCAGCGUUCACCUUCUUCUACCGGGGAGAGAGGCAACUACAGAAGAUUGGUGUCCUUUCUUCCUCCAAGGCGGUUCAGGUCGCGUCCAGCUCGGCAAAGCGACGGUCCGGACAACUUGAUUUCUCGCACCUGGGUCCCUUGAAAACAACGGGCACUGUGGGAUUUUCGGCGUUCCGCGACCAGGAUACAGAAGCUGCGAGACGGCGUAAGGCCCGGAAGAAGAGCACGGGGAACGUUGGGACUGCCCUCAAUGACAGCGAGGAUGAUGACGAUGACAGCGACGGCCUUGGUAAUGUGGAGGAUGUUGACGAAAGGGACUUCACCCAGAAGCUACCGGCCGAGGAGGCGCAGUCUCACGGCGAACUUGCCGAUGGCGUGAACCGCAUUCAUGUGAGUUGCUCGUCUGUUUCUGGCAGGGCCAGCCCCAUGCUAACGAGGGGGCGACUGUAGCUGAAGAGAGCGCACUCUGGUGAUCCCGGCACCAACAGCCCGCCAACCUUGGCCUCUACAACUAGCAAUCUCGACCCUGCGACUGCUGAACAAGCGGCCUCGACUGCAGCUGCAUCGGCGCUUGCUUCAGAGUCUUCACUUCAGGACUCGGUCUUUGGAAGCCCCAUAAAGAAACAUCGGCCUAGCAUCUCCGGCCAGGGUAUUGACUCCGCGGCUUCACGCAGCGCGACUACGGCUCUGGAUGCAGCCGUUUCACAUGCCA